UAAAAUUGAAUUAAAAAUUGUUUGUCGUUGUCAUUGACAACCAUUUAAUGUGAUUUGUUGUCACUUUUUUUAAGCCAUUCAUUGAUUGACACAUUUGUGUUGUUAUUAUUGUCGGUAUUAUUAUUGUUGUUGUUGUUGAUGACCACCAUCUAAGACAAUGACCAGUUCAUCGUCUUCAGCACCGGACGUGUUGUUUGAGUUGCGAAAUGCUUUUUAUUUGGGAAACUAUCAACAGUGUAUCAAUGAAGCACAAAGAGUUAAGGUAACGUCUGAUAACAAGUUGGACAAAGAUAUCUUUAUGUACAGAGCAUAUGUGGCACAGAAAAAGUAUGGUCUGGUCUGCGAUGAGAUCAACUCAUCGAUGGCAACACAAUUACAAGAUGUUAAAUAUUUGGCCACUUAUUUGAUGGCCGACGAUAACAAAAAAUCAAAUAUAGCGCAAGACUUGGAGUCGAAGAUCCAGACAUUGGACGCCACCGAUUGGGUCCAGUGUUUAAUGUUUGCCACAAUCUAUUAUCACGAAAACAAUUUGGAGACUGCAUUGCGUGUAUUGCAUUCAAGCGAUAAUCUUGAGUGUUCGGCAAUGGUAUUGCAAAUCUAUCUAAAGUUAGAUCGAUUAGAUUUGGCCCGAAAAGAGUUGAAACGAAUCCAAGAGACGGAUGACGAUUCAACAUUGUGUCAGUUGAGUCAGGCGUCGGCCAAUUUGGCUCAGGGAGGCGACAAACUACAGGAUGCCUACUAUAUCUAUCAAGAAUUGGCCGAUAAGUACGGUCCGUCGCCGUUGCUUCUCAAUGGUCAGGCCGUCGCACUGAUCGGUCAGGAAAAGUAUACCGAAGCCGAAACACUAAUACAGGAGGCUAUCGAUAAGGACAGCAACAAUUCGGAAACAUUAAUCAAUUCAAUUGUAUUGUCACAGUAUUUAGGAAAACCACCCGAAGUGACCAAUCGCUAUAUGAAUCAAUUGAAAGACUCCAAUAGUAGUCAUCCCUUUAUUCAGGACUAUUUGGCUAAAGAACGAGAGCUACAGAAUCUGAUAAAGAGUUAUCAAAUUUAAAUAUUAAGUUAACAUCACUUCCAGUGCAUUAAAUAGGAAU